AUGCCCACCAACCCUCAAUACUGUGCCGCGAAGCAUGCCCUGGUCGGCUUGACGAGAUCAGUGGGGUCGAAGCUGGGCGAGGAAAAUAUCACGGUAAAUUGUAUCUACCCGGCGUUUGUGCCCACCAAUCUCUGCUCGCCGCACAUGCUUUCCCUAUUUCCGAAGGAGCACAUUACCCCCAUGAAUACGGUGCUCAAGGCAAUAGAUCGGGUAUUGGAGGACGGGAAACUCACAGGAGAGAUCUUGGAACUCAGUCUGGAUCAAAUAUACUCGAGGAAACAGCCAGACUGGCCGAAUGAAAGCCAGAGAUGGCUAGGCGAGGAGAGUGCUGCAUUCUGGACCGAAGCCUACAAAACCGUGCCAAAGAACCCCUAG